UUAUUUUCUGACCGCUUGAAAAAGUGGGCCAGUUGGAAGCAACAAUGUCAAACGAAAUUCGAGCCGAACGGCCACUUAUAGUUGGACCUUCUGAUCCUGGAGCACCUUUCCCUGUGACUUUGGAAGGGACCGUUGUGAAGGGAUAUGGGCGUGGAAGUAGGGAACUAGGCAUUCCAACGGCCAACCUGUCAGAGGAUGCUAUCGCUGCUAUCUGCUCGGAACUCAAGACUGGCGUCUAUUACGGAUGGGUACAAAUAGGAGAAGUUGCCAGCCAAGUGUAUCCUAUGGUCAUGAGUAUUGGUUGGAACCCGUACUACAGGAAUGAAAGAAGAUCUGCAGAAGUGCACAUUAUCCAUGAUUUUCCGGAAGAUUUCUAUAAUGUUGCUAUGCGUGUGUUAAUUUUAGCAUAUAUUCGACCGGAGCAAAAUUACCCCUCAUUAGAUGCUCUAAUUAAGGAUAUUCAUACCGAUAUUCAGGUGGCAAAGCACUCUCUUAAGCGACCAAAGUAUGCGGAACUUCGAUCCCAUAAGUUAUUUGGCUUUACAUAAGAGAGCUUUUCCUUUACAAUAAUAUAUCAAUUCCUUUCAAAUAAAAAUAUCAUUGUUCAGAGA